UAAGUACGGGUUCCACCGUUGCCGUGGCAGCAGCGACUUCUGGACGAUUUAUUAUGGAUGCUCGAGAGACAAAUUUGCUGGGCGGAGACGAGAACAUAGUUGAAAUGCAGAACUUGGAGGAAGAAGACUUUGCAGUAUCAAAGUCAUCAGAUGCUGAUGCAGAAUUUGACAUGGUAAUUGGGAACAUUGAAGAUAUUAUAAUGGAGGAUGAAUUCCAACAUCUUCAGCAGUCUUUCAUGGAGAAAUAUUACCUUGAGUUUGAUGAUUCAGAGGAGAACAAGCUCAGCUAUACACCUAUUUUUAAUGAAUAUAUUCAAAUCCUAGAAAAGCAUUUGGAACAGCAGUUGAUGGAACGAAUACCUGGUUUCAACAUGGAUGCCUUCACCCAUUCACUUAAGCAGCACAAAGAUGAAGUCUCAGGUGACAUACUUGACAUGCUUUUGACCUUCACUGACUUUAUGGCCUUUAAAGAGAUGUUCAUUGAUUACAGAGCAGACAAGGAGGGUCGAGGAUUGGACCUUAGUACCGGACUGGUGGUGAAGUCUUUAAAUCACGCUUCCUGUUCACCUUGGCAUUCCAGCAUGGCCUCACAAUUUAGCUGAACCAAUGAAAAUGGACACCUUAUGUAAAUUAACUUCAUGAGUUCACAAAGACCCCCCCCCCCCCCAAUUUAUUGUAAAUUCCUUUCUGACAAAUUGCAGUGUAAAAUAUUGUUAUAGCUGGCCAGAAGGGAAUCCAAGUUUAAUUUAGGUUAAUGUUUAAACUUAACAUUCUGAACUGGUGAACUGUCAGGUAUGAGUCUUCUAACAGUAUUCAUGUGAUCUGACAAGAAAUCCAGGCUUUCUUAGGUGUCAGUCCUUUGCAGCAAAACAUUGCUGUUGCUGACCUUCAUUAAUGUAGAAAGCUGUAAUGAAUAGUCCUCUGCCUGAAGUCUGUGAGCCUCCCUUAUAUAAAAGUGUGCUCAAUGUGGCCAGUUUAUAUAUUUUCACUCCCACUCUCUAUUUUAAUACCUUUUAAUAUUACCAAAAUAAUUAAUUUCACUUGAUUAAUAAAAAGGGCUUUUGCAAUCAAAAUGUCUAAAUCAUUAAGUAUUAUAAAAUGUGCUUGGUAUGAUGACAGUUUCUAAAUAGUUUUGAAACAGGAUGGCACUGAUGACACUACCUACUGCUUUUAGAGAAAAAUGAUCUAGUGGUCAAAUAAUCUCAUUUUGUUUCUAAAUUGAUGUUUCUCUAUGGCAUUUACCCUGUUUUGGAUGGCGUUGGAAGUGAGAGUGGGAAAGAAAUGACCACCAAACUAUAUUAUCUAUCUAAAUAAUACUUAAUGUUGUUGUGUAC